AUGACUUUCAGAUGGAGCAUAAUUAAACCCUGGUUGUGUCUUUCAUCCUUCCCUGCUGCUCCUUCCUGCAGGCGGCUGCUCCACAUCGGACAGCGAGCCUCCCUCACCAAAGCGUUUUCUCCCCGUGAUGUAGAACUGUUCGCUGAGCUUACAGGUGACAACAACCCCCUCCACCUGGACCCAGACUACGCCCGCACCACCUCUUUCGAGGCUCCUAUUGUUCACGGUGUCCUCAUCAAUGGCCUGAUCUCGGCCGUGCUGGGUACCAGAAUGCCCGGUCGUGGAUGCAUCUUCCUGUACCAAGAGAUCAGGUUCCCGGCACCACUGUAUGUGGGAGAGGAGGUUCUGGCAGAAGCAGAGAUCCGCAAGAUUAAAAUGUCCUUUGCCUUCAUCGCUGUGAAAUGUUCAGUCAAGGACAAGGUGGUGAUGGAGGGGGAGGUGAUGGUUAUGAUGCCUGAGGAUCAGGCCAGUAAAUGAACAGAGGUCAGAGGUCACCCUGGCAUGUCAGGGAUUAGGGCUGGUUUGUAACAUUUCUGUGGUGGAUUUGACUCUCAUGUUGACUCUUGUCAUGUUGACUUGCUUUUGUUUUUUGCGAAAGAAGCCACACAGUUACUGAACAGUUUUGUCCAUCAGUUCGUGAUUUAUAAGUUAACAUUUAUUGAUUCUGC